GGGAGGCGGCCCUUUUCCGCUGAACGCCGGAAGUUGUUCUCCCCUCCUGCCAGUGGGCCAUGGAGUUGGUGGCACAGUAACGUCUGAGGUGUGAGGAUUGCGGGCCGGCGGCCAUGGAGGCCGUGCUAAACGAGCUGGUGUCUGUGGACGACCUGCUGAAGUUUGAAAAGAAAUUUCAGUCUGAGAAGGCAGCAGGCUCGGUGUCCAAGAGCACGCAGUUUGAGUAUGCCUGGUGCUUGGUGCGAAGCAAGUACAACGAUGACAUCCGUAAAGGCAUUGCACUGCUGGAGGAGCUGUUGCUCAAAGGGAGCAAAGAGGAGCAGCGGGAUUAUGUCUUCUACCUGGCUGUGGGGAACUACCGGCUCAAGGAAUAUGAAAAGGCCCUAAAGUAUGUGCGAGGGCUGCUGCAGACAGAACCCCAGAACAACCAGGCCAAAGAACUGGAGCGGCUCAUUGACAAGGCCAUGAAGAAAGAUGGACUGGUGGGCAUGGCCAUUGUUGGAGGCAUGGCCCUGGGUGUGGCGGGACUGGCUGGACUCAUCGGACUUGCUGUAUCCAAGUCCAAAUCCUGAAUGAGACUGCACCUCUGCCUCUGCCCAGGGAUACAUGGGAGCCCAUGGAGAACACUCAGAGAGGGCCCAUCCAUUCUCGCUGCGUCCCUUUCUUCUCCUGCACCCUGUCACUGUCCUCUGUGGCCUCAACCUCCUCUCCCCAAGAUCUGUCCUCUAGCCCCAGAUCGUGUGCUUUAGGAUGAGUGUAAAUAAAAUUGGGCUUUGACUUGCGAA